AGCUAAACUAAAGGUUGUAAAAGGGGGCUGGAUGUGAUCUUAUCAUUGAGGUCUCAAUGCUUCAGCAGCUCUGAAUGAAGCUCCUGGUCACAGAGCGCAAGCUUCCCAGUAAACUGACCCCAGAGCAGCUGAUCGCAGUGCACAGUGAGCGCGUAGUCAGCGGUGAGCCCGCAGCGUGUCGGCAUCUGGACCAGCGCAGUGGACCGAUGUUUUAUUGAGAAUCCACUGAAUGUUGGUUUGACCCGAGGCUGCUGUUUCAGAGGCUCUUUGUUGUCCUCAAGCUAUCGAUGGAGAGGCAGGCGGUGCAGCGGGCCAAGGAGGCCUUCCUGAGCGGCAGGACUCGGCCUUUAGAGUUCAGACUGCAACAGCUUCAUGGCCUGCAGAGGCUGAUCACCGAGAAUGAGGUUGAGAUCUCCACAGCUCUCAAACAGGACAUCAACAGGAGCCAGUACGACACACCACUCUUGGAGCUGAUUGGCAUCGAGAACGAGAUCAAACUGGCUUCGGAGAAACUGGCCGAGUGGGCGGCUCCACGGCCUGUAGAGAGGAACCUUCUCACCAUUUCAGAUGAGGUCUACAUCCAGCCACAGCCUCUGGGAGUGGUGCUCAUCAUCGGGGCCUGGAACUACCCAUGGGCCCUCACACUGCUGCCGCUGGUUGGAGCCAUUGCUGCUGGCAACGCAGCUGUGGUGAAGCCGUCAGAGCUCAGUGAAUGCUCGUCUCUCCUCCUUCGGGCUCUGCUGCCUCGCUAUCUGGACAAGGAUCUGUAUCCGGUUAUAACUGGUGGAGUGUCAGAGACACAGGAGCUGCUCAGGCUCAGAUUCGACCACGUCUUCUACACCGGCAGCAGCGCUGUGGGGAAACUGGUGAUGGAGGCUGCGGCUCGCCACCUGACCCCAGUGACCCUGGAGCUGGGAGGGAAGAGCCCCUGCUACAUUGACAAGGACUGUGACAUCAGGGUCGCCUGCCGGCGUAUAACAUGGGGAAAGUUUGUGAACUGCGGUCAGACGUGCAUCGCUCCAGACUUCAUCCUGUGUGAACCCUGCAUCCAGGGCCGAGUGGUGGAAUGCCUCCGACAAACUCUACUGGAAUUUUAUGGCGCUGAUCCCAAAAGCUCGCCAGACUAUGGCCGGAUCGUCAACCAGCGGCAUUUCCUCAGAGUCAUGGGUCUGAUGGAGGGUUACACCCCUGUGGUGGGAGGGCAGAGUGAUGCUUCACAGCGCUACAUUGCCCCAACAGUGCUAAAGGACGUGCCCCCCCACUCCAGGCUGAUGCAGGAGGAGAUUUUUGGCCCCUUGCUUCCUAUAGUGGCUGUGAGUGACAUGGAUGACGCCAUCCGCUUCAUCAACGAGCGAGAGAAACCUCUGGCACUCUACAUCUUCUGCUCUGAUAAGAAGGCAACAAAACGGAUGAUUGAGGAGACCACGAGCGGAGGAGUGACUGUCAAUGACGUUAUGAUGCACUACACACUCAGCUCACUCCCAUUUGGUGGUGUCGGUCAGAGUGGUAUGGGCCACUACCAUGGUAAACACACCUUUGAUCAGCUAAGCCACCAGAGAGCAUGCCUGGUUCGCUCUCUGCGGAUGGAGAAUGUCAACUUGGCCCGCUACCCUCCUCAGGACCGCCGGAGGGCACGUAGGGUGCAAAUGGCUCUCCGGUCACCCAUGAUCGACAUGUCCAAAAGGACGUUUGUGUGGGCGGUCACUGCCACCAUCAUCGGUUUGGGCCUGUUCGUCACCCUUCUCGUCGUCCUGCUCAUCGCGUCAGGCCUUAACUGUACCUGCUGGUACUGGAGAGGCUUUUAUAACUAGAGGAACUGUAACUUUCCUUUGUAAAAUCUAUCCAAAGAAGAAGUGUCUGUUGCAACACUUAAUAUGUAAACACCACAUUUGAAUCCUGUUUUGUAUUAAGAUUUUGUUUGUCAUUGCUUGUGGUCAGAAAUAAAAAUUAACUAAAAUAUGAAAUAAUAAUUAUAAAAUGUAAACCCAUCCACCCACGGUGCAACAACCAAAAAAAUGUGUAAAUAGACGUUUUUGCACUGUUCCCAGCUUCAAUCUUAAUAUUUGAAAUAAAUUUACAUUUAUAAAUUCUCAUUUAUUUACAUACACAUUUACAGAGUAAAAUGAUAGGCAAUUAUUUUAGAAGGGUUUAUUAUUAAUUAAUUCAGGACAAAGAAGGAAGAAUCUUAUUUAAUUUUUUCGGGGGUUGGUGGUUAGGUGGGUCUUGCAAUGUCCUUUUAUCCAUUUAUAUAUUUAUUUAUAUAUAGGUACAUAUAAAACAAAUAAGAAAUAUGCUCUAGGUAAGUUAUGUAGGCCCCAUCACAACCCAACCUGAAAGGAACUUAAAAUCAAAAUGCAUUAUCCCAACAUACUCUUACAAUGCAUUUCAAUAUUUUGAUAAUUUAUUUUUAUGCAUUACCACUAUGAGAAGUGUUCUAUAGAGAACUAUUAUGAAACAUGAGCUUCAUAAUUUGCUCAUCAAAAAAAUAAACAAGAGAUAUUUAUAUUUAGUAAAUCCAAAUCAAUUUCCCAGGGAAAAUGAAUUUGUUUACUUAUAACAUCAAGAGUCAUUUAAACUAAACAUUUGUGUAGAAUGUAUUUAUGACUGAAUAUUUGAGUGAAACUAAUUUACAUUUACUGAAUAUGUGAAAUUGGUUUAUAUUUACUAAAUUUUCUUUACUGAAUAAAAUAUAUAUCAACUCA